UGCCACGUGGAGUAAUAAUGAUUUCUAAAUGAAUAUGCUUCAAAUCAAUACUAGGUGAACAAACAUAAAAACAGUGGUCUUUAGAUUUUGACCACACAUCUCUCAUCAUCAUACAAAUACUCUAUUUCCUUGCUCUCUCUAUCAUCAUUCAUUCAUCAACCAAAACAAUGGCAUUGGAGAUUACUGCUAUGGCUUCAUCAACAACAAGACCUUCUCUUCCAACUCCUUCCACCACUUUCUCCAAACCUCUAUUUAAACGCCUCCACAACAUCAACAUAUCAUUACCAACUUCAACAACCAUUUCACUUCUCGCUCUCUUCACCCCUCCAAAUGAAGCGAGAGCUGCUGUCAACAUCUCCAAGGACCAGAUUGUUUCUUCACUCACCCAAGUGGAGCAGACGAUUGAUCAGGUUCAGGAGGUUGGUUCGGGUUUUUUGGAUUCAGCACAGCGUGUUGUUGAAGCUAUAGGGAAUGUUUUGAAGCCUGGAUUUGAAACGGCGUUGCCAAUUGUGCAGCAGGCUGGUGAAGAGGCUUUGAAAUUUGCUUCACCAGCUAUUUCGGAGGCUUCUAAGAAGGCUCAAGAAACACUUCAAAGCUCUGGUUUUGAUACUCAACCUGUUUUCACUGCUGCUAAGACAGUGGCAGAUGCUGCACAACAAACAACCAAAGUGAUUGAAGGUGCCAAGCCAAUAGCCUCAUCAACCAUAGAUACUAUAUCUUCUUCAGAUCCUACUGUGAUUGCUGGAACAGCUGGUGCACUAUUUAUUGCAUACCUCUUGUUUCCUCCUAUCUGGUCUGCAAUCUCCUUCAAUUUUCGCGGUUAUAAAGGAAACCUGACUCCAGCUCAAACACUUGAUGUGUUAUGCACACAAAACUACGUUUUGAUUGAUAUUAGGUCAGAGAAGGACAAGGACAAGGCUGGUAUUCCUCGCCUCCCCUCUAGUGCCAAGAACAAGAUGGUUGCCAUUCCAUUGGAAGAAGUGCCAAGCAAAAUAAGAGGCCUAGUGAGGAAUGUGAAGAGAGUGGAAGGUGAAAUAGCAGCAUUAAAGAUCUCAUAUCUGAAGAAAAUCAACAAAGGCACCAACAUUGUGAUCUUGGACUCGUACUCAGACUCAGCAAAGAUAGUUGCAAGAACAUUAACGGGGAUUGGUUUUAAGAAGACAUGGAUAGUUGGUGAUGGAUUUUCUGGAGGGAAAGGGUGGUUACAGAGUAGAUUAGGAACAGAUUCAUAUAAAUUUUCGUUUGCAGAGGUGCUGUCACCAUCCAGAGUCAUCUCUGCCGGUUUUGGUACAACUAGCAGGCAAUCCAGUCAGAAACUACUUCCUGGGGCUGACUGAGAUUCUUUUUUCUCACUCCACAAUAUUGAACUCUAGCAAAUAUAUAUAUGUGCCAUGGUUAAUCAAAGUCCUCCAAAUUAUAUUCAUUUGAUUAUUUCUUAUAUAUAUGUCAAAUCUCUUUCAAGUUUUA